GUUUUUUAGGGGACGGCCCGGACAUUCAGCAUCUGGAGCUUUAUUUGUACACGCUGUAAAAGAGCGAACGACAUUUUUUUUUUUUUUACCUCUGCAGGGCAAAGAGAGGAGAAAGAGACAAAGAGGAGGGACAAAGUACCUGCCUGUCACCGGAGAUGAUGAGGAAAACCUGGGAAGUGAUCCUGAAGGACUCGUCUGAUGGGGAGGAAAACCUGACUGGGAUGUAAACACGGACCUUCGAUCAGUAACCAGGAGUGUUUUCCGUCACCAUGCCACGUGAGAGCUCCCUCCUGACUCACCUGCUCCUGCUCCUUCCCCCACUCACCCUGUCCCUUCUGCACCCUCCUCAACCUGCGCCGGCCCACGUCCCAAUGCUGGUGCCCCACACGCCAACGCCUCUCACCCGCUCCCGCUUCAGCGCUCAGGCUCAGCUGGACUUCACCACCCACUGCAACUCCAGCUGCUUCCACAGAGGAGAGCAGGAUGAGCAGCUGACGGACAAGCUGGCAUUCGAGACGCUGUACGCCGACGGCUCCCGCACUCUCACCACUGUGGAUGUGGAGGGUGAGGAGGAAUUUGACGCCCGUCUCUUUGCUCACCCCUCACCCAGGAGAGGACCCAGAGGAAAACCCAGACACAAGCGUGUGAGGCGGCAGAUCUAUGGAGCGGACGGCCGCUUCAACAUCCAGGGCGACAACUUCCUGUUGGAUUACCCUUUCUCCACGGCUGUGCGGAUCUCCACCGGCUGCACCGGCGUCCUGGUGUCUCAGCAGCACGUCCUCACGGCUGCCCACUGUGUGCAUGAUGGGAAGGAUUAUGUGAAGGGGGCGAGGAAGCUCAGGGUCGGCUUCCUGAUCCCUCCAUCCAUCAAUGGCACAAAAGCCGACCUCACCUCUGCCAAGAAGCCUCUGGUCCGCUGGGUGAGGGUGAAGCGCACCCGCGUGCCAAAGGGCUGGAUUCAGGGCCCUCAGGACGUCAGCAUGGACUUCGAUUACGCCCUGCUGGAGCUGCGCUGGCCUCACCGACGUCCCUUCAUGCGCCUCUCCGUGGCUCCCUCCUCUGAUGACCUGGCCGGGAAACGAAUCCACUUCUCUGGUUUUGACAGCGACCGACCUGGGGAGCUGGUGUACAGAUUCUGUCCUGUGGAAGAAGAGUCCAGCGACCUGAUAUACCAGCACUGCGAUGCCCGACCUGGAGCCAGCGGCUCGGGGGUGUACGGAAGAGUGUGGGACAACAGCUUGGAGCGCUGGGAAAGGAAGGUCAUCGGCAUUUUCUCUGGACACCAGUGGCUGGAGAUCGAUGGGGAAAACCGGGAUUACAACGUGGCCGUGCGCAUCACCCCUCUGAAGUUUGCUCAGAUCUGUUACUGGGUGCACGGAAACCGGCUAGACUGCGUCCAGGAAUGAGAGGGGCCAGAAGCAGGACAAAGGGAGGUUUUGAAAGUAAAGCAUGAGAAACACAAGAAAGCACAAAGUGACUGAAAACACACAGGUUUAUCUCACCUAAAGAAAGAAGAGUAAACUGGGAUUAAAUCUCUCCUAUAUUUAAUUUGCUCCCUGUAAUCUCUGGGCUCUAAUAAACAAAUCUGCCUGUGAGGUCAUCACCACAGCAUCUUUUAAUACGAUUUCACCCACAGUCAGUGUUUCCACAGUAUUAACAUAAACCACUUUUUACAAGAGAGUGGGAAAAAAAAAAACUCUUUUCCCUGCGUGUGCAGUCUGUGUCAGUAACAGCAGAUUAUUUCCCUACUGUGGAUGAUGGUGAUCUACUGAGUACAUUUCUUUCUUUUCAUCUUUACUGUACUUUUUUUCAGAGGAAUGGUUUUAGAUAUUUUUAUAGCUUUUCAAGGACAAUUCAGCUUCGUCCACCACGAUCUGCAGUCUGAUAGGUAACACAGCUAAUAGAGAGCACAGAAUACAGUUUAUGGAAACCACUGAUGCCUAACAUUUCAGCAGACAUUUUGCUCCUCUCAGUGUGGACCGGAGAGACAGAGUGUUAAUUUUAUUUUUAAAAAAUGCUUGAUAUAUUUUAAUAAACAGAGAUUUAUAAGUGUUUGUGUCUUGACUUGGUUUCAAUAGUGAUGUUGGGGUGACCUCCGGUGGUCAUAAUAGGUACUGCGGUGUUGAUGUGACCUGAACAACAAGGAAGUGUUUUAAAUUGGUUUAAAUUGAAUUUAGAACUAAAUGAACUGAUUAGUCACAGGACAGGAAAUUAAUCUGGAACAAUUAGUCCAAGAAUUACCUGCUUCCAACUUUCUGAAUGUGAAUAUUUACUAUCUUACAUCAUCAUUAACUGGUUGCCUUUCAUUUUAGAUGAGAGGUUUGAAUAUGGAACUUAGGAGUUUUUUAACUUAAUAAAUCAAUUGUAUCACUAGUUGAAAUGGCUGAGCAGACUUUUUCAUCAUUUGCGCAGGUCUGAGUUUCACCAUUACCAUGACCCUUAAGAGAAGUGAAAGUGAUCUGAUGUGUGACAGCUACAGUUUUUGUGUCUACAAAACAGGUUUAAAAAAAAACGGAAAAAAGAGCAGAACAAGUCAGUAGUUUAGUGCUUUUUAUUAGAGAUAAGGAGACGAUACAAAACAUCCACCAUUCAAUAUUCAGUCUAGACUCUGACCGCUGGUCCUUCAUAUACACAUCGCUCCCCAUCAGACCUUCAUAACACCAAAGUUUUUUUGUUUUUUUUGUUUUAAAUCGAGGAGAUCCUGGUUUUAACACAUACAAGGAAUGUCGUCUGUUUUCUACAUCGAAUGCCAUGGUAUUCUGACCCAGAACUGGAAAUAAAAAGGAAUCACUCAAGUUUUGGAAUUUGCAUGUUCAAAAAGAAAAAAAAAAAACAA